CCUUGAUAAAGUACAGAACGUUCAGACCAAAAAAUAAGGAUCUAGUAUCAGAAAGCAAAUCGACAGAUGAUCAAUACGACAGAUACAUAUCGGGAUUCUUUGGGUCCAAUCACGUAUGUGCCUCAUCUUGUCACUGGCUCUGUGGUCUCAGACUCCAAGGAGGUGCCCAAAGGUUAUAUAACCAAAGAUGGGAAUGACAUUGGAUCUAAGGUGGUAAAGGAUGACUGGGCGGAGUAUUUGGCAACUCAGCCAGGCCUAAAGAUAUUAGUUCCUAUAUUAUUUCUACUCUUUUUUCUGGUUCCCAUCCUUGGAUUAAUUUAUGCUUGCUGUUGUGCGCGCUGCAAGAAGGAUCAAAAGUCUAGCAAAAACAUUCGCUACUGCUGUGGUAUACUUUUAGCGAUUUUGGCCUUGUUGAUGCUUUUAUUUCUUAUUUUUGCCAUUUUGGCGGCUACCCAGCUGAAUAAAAACUUGAAAAGCCUUAAAAAGCCGGAAUGCGUACCAAGUAACUUAAGCAAGUCAAGUGAAGAAUAUAUAUUCCAUAACAGCUCUGAUCACAUGCAUCAACUGUAUGUUGUCACCUACAAUCAGUUACAGAAUUGGAUCGAAGAUGCCAUAGCGGAUGAACCUAAUGUUACAGAGUCCUAUAUUCAUUGGGAAGUCCAUGCCAAGGAGAUCGAAAUGCUGAGCGAUGUCCUUAAGAACAUGACAAGGGUUAGGCCACUAAUGAUAUCGUUUGAUAAGGAGUUAGGCAAGGCCGGACAAUUGGCAACCAAAUAUCGUAAAAGUCUACAAGCUAUAAAAAGGGAUCUCACAAAAUAUGUAACCGUGUACUGUAAGCAAAAAGAAUGCACUGAUUUUUACCGUGACCAAAAUAUCAAGAAGCUAGACAUGGGAUGUCUGCAAUAUGAUAGAUUACCCAAAACGAAACCCCUUAUUAAAGGUGUUCAAGAUGCAUUAGUCAGCAAGUUUAUCACUUACCAGCAAAAGACCGCUCAGCAAUUGCGACAGAUUUCCCAGGCGAUCAAAGAUCACAUGAGUGACAUACUAAACACCAUUAAGAAUAGUCUCGAAAAGGGCGCCAAGGAACUGCAAAAGCGAUACGAAGCAUCCUUAAAAGUGUUGCAAGGAGUCGUCGUGGAGAUAAAGAAGGAUAAAAAUGCGGUGGUCAUGGAAAAACACAGAAGUAGAUCUACCCCUGCCCUGCGUGCCCUGCGGAGAAAACUGGGAUCAUCUUGGUACGGAACCACGAUUGGCAUCAUUAUGUUAUUGAUGCUGGUGCCGAUUCUCCUGAUCAUCAGUCUCCUGGUGGCUUUGUCCAGUCCAAAGGUGGCCAGUUGGCUACUCUGCAUUACCCUAAUUGCUAUAUUUAUCCUUUUCUCGGUUGGCAUUUUUUUGCUGCUGUUCUAUUUGGUUCACGGAGCAUUGAUUUAUCAAGCCUUUUGUUCCAGGAUACCCUCUCAGCCAUUAAUUAACAGAUACAUUAAUCCGAAUGACUAUCUGCCAGAAAAUGAAACCCUUUCCCGUUCACUGCCCAUGCUGACGACCUUGGAUGUCCUGCACAGCUGCGUUCGCAAUGAAAGUUUGUACAAUAUAUUGGGUUUAAAAGAGAUUUAUAACCUGGAUGGCCUACGCGAUGAUAUGAUGAAAGAUGUCCGUGAAUCCCUAGAGAAAAUGGAGAACGCUUCGUUGCCGCACAACCUUCAAUAUAUUCACGCCAAUGCGACGAUUGUGGUUCAAGAAUUGUUGAAGGGCAACCUCACCAAAUAUGACAGCAAGCUCUUCACAAGGCAAAUAUGUCCUCAAUUUUUGCCGGAACCCAGACCAGGUCCUUUACUAGUGUUGACCGGGAAAAUGAUUAAACUGUCGAAGAUCGUCAAAACAGGAGCAAUGCUCAGAAACAUGACAGUUUAUCUAGCUUCCGUUGAACAAUACCUGGACCGUCCCUUGGCGAAGAUGGUACCACGAUUGUUGCAAAUGCUAAAACAACUGGAUGUGCUGCUCACAGGGGGAUAUGAUACCUUUGCCAAGUACCUGAAACACCUGCUGGCCAAGAUCAAGCAAGGUGACCAGUUCCUGCGAUACGAUGCCAAAAAGGUUACCGACGAGGUGGCCCGGAAUAUCAGUGAUUUUGUGGAAUCCAGCCUAGAUGUGUACGUUGGCAUGGUGGAUGAGGCCACCAAGGGCGAGAUGGGGAGCUGUGAGCCCCUCACACGAGAGGAGGAUCAGGCCAAGGCGGAGUACACUGACCUCUGCAAUCGUAUUGUAAAGCCAAUGAACGCCAUUUGGUUCUGGCUUUUUCUGUUUUCCCUGCUCCUCCUGCCCGCCAUCUGCUGCACCCAUUUUCUAAGAUGCCGCUUGAAAUCCUUGAGAAAUUUCUCAGAGGCAACGCUGGUUUCCUUGGGAGGGGGCAACUUUGUGGCCCCAGGCAUGUUGCCCUUGAGUUUGCCACAAUGCGAAUGCUACAAAUACCUUCCUGAUACGGCCGAGACGAAUGUGGAUUAUCUGGAGGACAGGGAUCACGUCAAGCGCAAUGAGUGACUACAGUUUUUGAAUUUCAUAGAAUAUAGUAUUUUGU